GAACCUGACAGAACCAUGGAUGUAUACCAGAACGGACCCCGCUGACUCCACAGUCCACGUGUGAGCCAGUCCUCUUUAAUCCCGGGUUCAGUUCACUGCUGUAGACCGGGUCCAGUUCGGCACACCACUGAACAACAGUUAGAACUUCCGGAAACAACCGGAAGUAUGAUCCGUUGAAGAUUCUUCACGUCUUUCUUUCUGCAAACUCUCCAGUGGGCAGUCCCAGAGGGCGGGGUAGCUGCAGGAUUCUGCUUCCCAGUUUGUGUCUUCGUGGAUGAUUGCUUCAGUCUCUCUGGAUCACAGCCUCGGCUCAGUGUUGGACGGGUCUCUGUCUUCCAGGACUCAGCAUGGAGACAGCAGCAGACCUCAGUCAGCAGUGCAGCAGCUGUGAGUCGUCCUCGGCCAGAUGCUGGUGUGUGGACUGCAAUGAAGCUCUGUGCGAUGUGUGUGUGUCCGCUCACCGGCGCGUCUCCAUCACCAGAUCCCACCGCCUGCUCAACCACCCCCCCGCAGGAGCUGUGUGUCCCCCCCCCACUAAGUUCUGCAGGCUGCACCCGUCCGAGCCUCUCAAGCUGUUCUGCUUCACCUGUCAGCAGCUCACCUGUAGAGACUGCCAGCUCACCUUGCACAUGAACCACAGGUAUCAGUUCGUCAGCGAGGCGUUGGACUCUCUGAAGAAGCAGCUGAAGGUCAGGGUUAAGCCAAUCAGAGCGUGGGGAGUCAGAGCGGGGCAGAGCCUGCAGGACAUGGAGACCAGGCUGCGGGACAUGUCCCACUAUCAGCUGAACCUGCAGAAGGAGCUGCAGCAGUCCUACACCUUCCUCAUCCAGACCCUGAAGAAGAGGAUGGACGACCUGCUUAGGAACGCUGAGGAGGUCUUGGCCUCAGAGAAGCAGCAGAUCCAGAGGGUCAUGGCGAGGCUGAAGGACCUGCAGCAGAUCCAGCAGACGCUCACGGAGAUAGCGGGGAAGGCCAGCAGCAGCAGCGACGUGGCGGCCCUGCAGACCUACAGCGAGCAGGUGGAGCUGCAGCUGCAGGGGGUUUCUGAGCAGGGCUUUGCUCUUCCUCUCAACAUGUCUGAGCUGCAGAUCGUCACCAGCAAGACGUCUCUGGAGGCCAUCCUGAACUUUGGUGCCCUCAAAGUGUCGUGGGUCCCCUUCUCGGUCUCACAAACCUCCCCUCAGGACCCUCCUCCCAAAGUGUUCCAGCUUUCACCGGUUUUGAAAGAGACCGCAGCCGGUACGAAACAGUUGAGCCCUCAGUCUGUGUUUCAGGUCUCCUGCCUCAGCCUCCCCCCCGCCAUGUGUCAGCUCCGGAUGCUGCUCCGUAAGACCCCUCCUGUAAACCACUGGCCUGCACAGCAAAAGUACAGUCCCACUGGAGAACCGAGUUCUACUGGAGAACCGAGUCCAUCUGUUGUAUCGAGUACCCCUGUAGAACCGAGUACCCCUGUAGAACAGAGGCCAUCUGUUGUAUCGAGUCCCCCUGUAGAACCGAGUCUCCCUGUAGAACCGAGUCCCCCUGUUGUAUCGAGUACCCCUGUAGAACAGAGUCCCUCUGUCUUACCGGGUCUCCCUGUAGAACCGAGUCCCCCUGUAGAACCGAGUACCCCUUUAGAACCGAGUCCCUCUGUCGUACCUGGUCUCCCUGUAGAACCGAGUCCCCCUGUUGUACCGUGUCCCCCUGUAGAACCGAGUCCCGUGGUAAGGGCCGUGGCGGACUCGGCCUGCGAUUGCAGCGUUCAGCCGCUCGCAGAAAGGCAGGAGCCUGCAGAGAACGAACCAACCUCCACCAUAUCUGAAGAACCUGCAGGAGAAACGUCUGCACCUGGAGAACCGGACCAUGAAGCUGCAGAAUCGAGCUCUGUGAUUGGAUAUCCAGGUUGCAUGCUGCCUCUGAGACCGCCUGCCGCCGGACGCCACCCCCCGUGUUUCCGUCCGGUCCUUGGUGAUGCAGAAGAGGAGGGUGACCUGCGAGACAUGAGCGAGGACACUCAGUGUCCUACAGGUGACGCUCCCGAGCUGCCGUCUCCUCCGGAGUCUCCUCCGUCUCUGCUGAUGGUUUCCUGCUCUGCCUGCCGGUCUGCCAACGCUUCAAUUAUCUGCUGCUUCUGUGGUCGAGGCUACCACCGAGGCUGCCAUGUUCCCCCCGUUGGACCGGACCUCUGGAGUGAGUGGAGCUGCUCGCUCUGCCAGGACCUGUCAGACCCCGUGGACCCCUUCAGCUCCCAGAGACCAGGACCCCCCCCACACCUCCGGCUGCAGGACCAGAGGAGGUGUGAGAGCCUGCUGCUGUUCCUCCAGGUCAGAGGCGGCCCUCGACUCCCUCAGUCCUCUCUGAGCGCCAUGUCGGAGCGUCUCUCGUCUUCGUACCGAUCAGUUUCAGAGUUUAGGUCUGACGUCAGGAGGCUGUUCUCGCAGGACGACGACUUCCUGAUCAAACUGCAGGAGGAAGUGAAGGGCCACUGGAGGUGGGGUUCCCGUUUAGAGGAGCAGGAAGCUGUGCCGCAGAAACAGGAAGUUGUGCCGCAGAAACAGGAAGUCGAGCAGGUGAGACAGGAAGUUGGCAGCAGAGGGUCCAGACGGUUGCUGAGGAGGAAGAGGCUCCAGGAACUAAAGAUGGAAACGUCUCGCUCCAAGAGGGAGAGGACGCACGAGACAGAGGACCGAACCAAACCAGAGACUUCUGGGAAAUGAAGUCUAAAGUGGAAUCUGCAAACUGAAUAAUAAAUAUUUGUUCAACGAGGACCUCAGUCUGCUCAGGAAAUCUGCUCGUGUGACACAAGGACUCAUUUGAAAUCGGACCAAUGUGGGCUUCUUACCUGCCUGCUGGAGCGUGGAGUCGAUGCUCCUCGGGCCUCGUGGGAAAUUGUCAUUUAUAUUCAUGGAGCCAAUGCUUCAGUUCCUAUCGUUUUACUAACUUUAUUUCUAUUCUUGUAUAUUAAAUAUCUGAAAUGAG